GAUCCGCGCAGAUCUUCGCUGUCCCGGGAAAGUGGGAAGGCGUACGGCAUUGGAAGGCGCCGGAAGUGGUCGCACUCAGCAGUGGUGGGAGCGGGAUUGGCGAGCCGCUUCUCUCGGCGAUACGGCUGGGCGCCUCGGUUAGGCUCGGUCGGCCUUUUCCGGGAGCCUGCCCCUGUCUGCCCCCUCGGCCAACAUGGAUUUCAGGGAAAUUCUCAUGAUCGCUUCCAAAGGACAAGGUGUCAACAAUGUGCCGAAAAGGUACAGUUUGGCAGUGGGGCCUCCCAAAAAGGACCCAAAAGUUAAAGGUGUCCAAUCAGCAGCAGUACAAGCUUUCCUCAGAAGGAAAGAAGAGGAGCUCCAACGGAAAGCUCUAGAGGAGAAAAGGAGAAAAGAAGAUCUAGUGAAAAAGCGAAUUGAGCUAAAACACGACAAGAAAGCAAGAGCCAUGGCCAAGAGGACCAAGGAUAAUUUCCAUGGUUACAAUGGGGUUCCUGUUGAGGAGAAGACGAAGAAGAAGGUGGCAAUGGAGAGCCACACUGGCCAGGGAACGGACCAGGAGUAUGAGAUGGAAGAGGAGGAUGAAUACUUAGAAUACAAUCAAGCAGAGUCUGACCAGGAAUACGAGGAAGAGCAAGAGCCUCCCAAAGUUGAAAGCAAGCCAAAGGUCCCCCUUAAAAGUGCCCCACCACGUAUGAACUUCACCGAUCUACUCCGGCUAGCUGAGAAGAAGCAGUACGAGCCAGUGGAGAUCAAGGUGGUGAAGAAAACCGAAGAGCGGCCGAUGACUGCUGAGGAACUCCGGGAGCGAGAGUUCCUGGAGAGAAAGCAUCAAAAAAGGAAAGAGACAGAUGCAAGACCACCUCCAACUGGAUCCAAGAAGACACCUCCUCAGAAAGAUAGUGUGGGCGCAAAACUUGGCAAAAGUUCUGGGGACAAGGUUCCUUCUUCUAAGGGAACCCCCUUUCCUCCUGCUGAGAAGAAAUCCAGACCCAGCACAGCCAGUGAGAAGCCGUUUGGUUUGUCAUCAUCUAAACCCAUGUCAGGCGAAAGGACCAAGGCAGGGUCUGGCAAUUGUUCCCAGCCCACCCUUCGUGAAGGCCAGGACAGACCUGUUUUCAAUGGGGCAGGGAAGCCCCAUUCUACCCAAAGUACCCAAAGGACUUCUGCCAGCGGCUCUCAGAAAUCUGCUACUGAGCACAAAACCAAAAAACCUCCUUCCUGUCCUAGCCAUUCCAGGCCUGGGCCCACAGUCACCCCAAACAACAAGGUGAAGAGUCCAGGUGUCAGGCAGCCAGGUAGCAGCUCUCACGCAGCCCCUGGACGCCCCAGUACAGGAACUAGCAGACCCGUCAUGGGCUCUGACCCUGGGUCCAAGCGCCAAAAUUGUAGCUCUAGCUCAGGACCUGACCGGUCCACCAGUGGGACCAAGAAGCCAGCAAGUGACUCAUAUCCUUCUGGGCGGACAGGCAGUGGCACAAGUGGUCCUGGGCGGCCUGCAAACACCUCCAGUGGUUCUGGGAAGCCUGCAGCCAGUUCCAGCGGCCCUGGGCGGCCCAUCAGCAGUCCACCUGACCUUCGGCGACCAUUGAGCAGUUCAGGGCCCUCCCCUGGGCGGUCAGUUGGCGGCCCUAGGAAAUCAGGAAGUGGCGGAGUUUCCGCUGGAAGGACUAUCAUUAGACCAGCAAACAGCAUGAGACAUGGGCAAGCAGCUAGUUCUGGUCCUCCUGUAAAGCCCAGGUGCACUGUUGUCUCGGAAACAAUUUCCUCCAAGAAUAUAAUUUGUCGGUCAAGCAACGGACAGAUGAAUGGAAUGAGACCUCUGCUAUCUGGCCACAGACCUACCCAAGGUUUUCAAAGGCUUCCCUUCCCCUCUGGUUACAAAAGACCUCGAGACUAUGAUGAGGAGGAAGAUGAAGAGUACGACUCUGAAAUGGACGACUUCAUUGAGGACGAAGGAGAGCCUCAGGAAGAGAUAUCCAAGCACAUUAGGGAAAUCUUUGGCUAUGACCGAAAAAAGUACAAAGAUGAAAGUGAUUAUGCCUUACGUUACAUGGAGAGUACUUGGAAAGAACAGCAGAAAGAAGAGGCAAAGAGUUUAAGACUUGGUAUGCAGGAAGACUUAGAAGAAAUGAGACGUGAAGAGGAAGAAAUGAAACGUCAAAAGGCCAAGAGGCUAAAGCGGCGCUAGCUGCUGCUUUGACCUCUUGUGGCCUUCUGGAGACACUGCUGCAAGGACGGCUGCCUUCAGACGGAGGGCCCCUGGCAUUUUUUAUUUUUACUUGGGUUUUCAAGGAGAAGGACGCACACUGUGCAGGCUGUCAUUUGAGCACAAAAUAUCUUAAACUCCUUUCCAGGGUGAAAUCUUGUACCCUAGGUGAUCCUGCUCACCGAAUGCUCUUAUGAAGGGAACUGUCCCACAGGUGCCAGCCUGGAUCCCGAUGAGCUAUGCACACUGAAGGGGGGGUGGGGAGGGCAGUCCACAGCCAGCCAGUCUCCUGUUACACUUGAAAAGGAAAAAGGAUUAGAGCUUGACUUGCGUGGUCCUGAGGUGUGACUAGGACAUGGCCGAGCUCCCAAUUAGGCUGACUUUUUAUGAGGAACUGGUGGCCCUCCCAUGAGUGCUGCCAGCAAGGAAGUGACCUGCCCUAACCUAUAUGUUUAGAUUGAGAACUUGAAGAUGUAGUGUAGGCUUUAAUUAUAUGGAUACCAUCCCUCUGAUGUUAAAGUUUAAAAUAUUAGAAUAAAUUGUAUUCUGCAUACUA